UUCCCUGCCUCCUCUCUUCUCCUUGUGUGGAGCUCUGUCUAGGCCAACCUACCCCAGCAGCCUGGACACCGACCCUCAUCUGCACAACUGCCCUCCCAGAUCUCCCCUCCCCAUCUUCCGGGGCGAGGGCCCUGGGGGUCAGCUCAUCAUUGCUCUGUACCCUGGGCUCCUCUCCCCUGGGGGGUCGUUCCGCUCUCUUUUGCCAAUCUGGGUACUGGGGGCGGGGCCGACGGCUUGCUUUGGAGCCCCGCCUCCGGCUCCCAUCCAAUCACAGUCCCUCCUUCCGGGAGCUGGGCUGAAGGGCUAGCUCCAAGCUGCUGGCUUUGGCACUAGGCUCCCAGCCGGGAAUGAUGCGCUGCUGCUACUGCUGCUGCUCUCACCACCGCCAGCAACCGCCCCGUGCGCUGGGGCUGUUGCUGCUGCUGCUGCUGCUGCUGCUGCCGCCGCCGCCACCACUCGUCCUUGUAUCUCCCCUGGCAGCAGCCACAGCGGGCCCAGGCCGCUGUGACACCAUAUACCAGGGCUUCGCCGAGUGUCUCAUCCGCUUAGGGGACGGCAUGGGCCGCGGAGGCGAGCUGGAAACCGUCUGCAGGUCUUGGAAUGACUUCCACACCUGCGCCUCGGGAGUCCUGUCGGGCUGUCCGGAGGAGGCGGCCGCCGUGUGGGAGUCGCUACAGCAAGAAGCUCGCCGGGCCCCGCACCCGGAUAAUUUGCACGCUCUGUGCGGCGCUCCUGUGCGUGUCCAGGAGCGUGGCGCGGGCCCCGAGACCAACCAGGAGACGCUGCGGGCGACAGCGCCCGCACCCACCCCGGCCCCCGCGCCCCCGCUAUUGGCGGCCGCUCUGGCGCUCGCCUGCCUCCUGGGGUCUCUGGCCUAGCCAACCGGUCGGGUAGCAGCGCCGCUGCCUCCAGCCCUGCUCUAGCGGCUAACGUCGGGGCUCUGCAGAGCGCAAUGCGCUUUCAUUAAAGGUAUUUAUAUUUGUA